ACUCGUCACAGGCUGAUAGCACUAGCACAGGCUACAUUACAAGGAGGCAGCUGGUGAAUAGGAGCGGAGCGGGAGAGAGACCAACACGGGACUAAAACAAAAGAAAGCACGGGAUGGAAUAAAACGGGACAGCGCUGAGUCGCUCGGUUUCUCUCUGCCAUCUGACGCCGGCCGAAGGACUUUGUUUCGCUUGAUUUCGAGCUCCGGUGACUGCGAUACAACAAUUGAAAAUGCGUCUGGCAGUUUGAACUGUGAUGGGGAGAGACUGUGUCGUUGUAAGGUUGGAUACAUCGAUCGCCCCGGCCGUGUGUGUCGACUCCCUCGCGUUUAAACUUGUGCACUGAACGCGUUCGCGAGGAAUAUACGCUUGAAAACAACAGCCGGAGCGAAUCCGCGUCAGCUAGCUCGCUAGCGAGUGUUAACUAGCAUCGGCGUUAGCCUGCUCCUCAUGGUGGACAUUUAAAUACACCUCAAGUGGAAUUAUCUGUGGCAGUUACUGGAAAGUGUUGGUUUUAUGUGGAAAUUACUCGAGCGGCUUCAAGUUGCUUCCCCGAAAGAGCUUGUUCUCUUGAGCUGCGUUUAUAACUUUGUUGGAGACCACCCUCUAGAAAUGAAUCACCACGACCGAUCCGGGGACUCCGGCAGCGCCCGAAAAAUGGUUUACCCCAUGACUUUACCCAAGCGAGAGAGCAGCAGCAGCUCGGUAGGUGGUUCCUCAGCAUUGACAACUUCUGGAAGCACCAGCCUUAAUAGCAACAACUUGAUGCUGGGGGAUGAUUAUUCAUCACCGGUGCUGAUUCAGUCUCAAACGCCGGCUGCAUCCUCGCUCGGGCCCCAGAACCCUCCCCAGAGCCUGAAUAUCCCCGUGCAGGCCACCCUGUUACCCCAAACUCUGCCCACCACAGUGGCGCAGAUGAAGAAGAAGAGUGGCUUUCAGAUCACCAGCGUUACUCCCGCCCAGACGUCUGUCAGCACCAACAACAGCAUUACAGAGGACACCGAGAGCUGCGACGACUUGGACGAGUCCCACACGGAAGACCUGUCGUCCUCUGAAAUCAUGGACGUGUCUCUUUCGCGGGCCAACAACGCGGGUGGACCGGAAAGGAGCUCCUCGGAGGAGACGCUGAAUAACUUCCACGAGGCGGAGACCCCAGGGGCCGUGUCACCCAACCAGCCUCCCAUUCUCACCCAAGCACACAUGCAUGGCUCUAUGGUUAACGGGACCGUGCACCAUCAUCACCAUAAUCCCGCUUCCUCUGCAAAAGCCCAUACUGCUGGUGGGACGCAGAUCGGGAUACCUUUGGGUGCCGUGGUCACGUCUGCGGUGACCACAAGCUCUGCUAGCACAGGCCAGAAAAUGCCUUCAAAUGUGGUAGGAUUGAUUGAGAGCGCCUCUGUUGGCUCAGCCGCCGUCAAGCCUUUGGCCCCUGUCGCCUCAGGAGCUGGAAUGAUCUCUGUGACUUCAGGGGCCACAGUUAGUACUGGUAAACCUAUAACAAAUAAUGUUUCUAUGUUAAAUUCUGCCAGUGUGCCUGUUGUGGGUGGCAGGAGCACCAAUAGUAGCAGUGUAAACUACUCCCCUGCUUUGAAUAGUAUUAGUAACCAAAUUGUAAACUUGACACACAUUCCCAGUGGGAUUAUUGGCAUGGGAAUCGCCGCGGCUACCACCGCUUCGGGUGGUGUUGCGUCAACAGGUGGAGGGCAGGUGGGCCCAGCUGUCAUGGGUCAGCACCCAAUGCCCGCUCCCUCUGUCCCGCCGAUGAACGCUCAGCCUCAGCAGGCCCAAGUGCCUACUCCAGCCUCCACCAGCUCACGUUUCAGAGUGGUCAAAUUGGACUCUACCUCUGAGCCUUUUAAGAAGGGUCGUUGGACUUGCACCGAGUAUUAUGACAAAGAGGCCCCGAGCGCGGCGCCCUCUGAAAACGCCCCCAGCACCCGGACAGUGGAAAGCAUCCGCCAGUUUGUGCCUGAGAGUGUGGCGUGCCCGGAUCGAGAGAGCGUCGGCGGCACGGCUAGCCAUUACACCGAAAGCCUGGGCAGCGGAGAUGCAGGCGGCCCCUGUUUGACCUUCCAGCAGCCCGCUGCUCAGAAGCACGACUACUCGGCUACCCAUAACGUGCCCCAAGACUUAGUUCACGCCCAUCUUAAGAAUAAUGCGGUUGCUCCGAGCAUUCAGCCGCCGGCCGCCAUGGGAGGGCUGCAGUCCACAAUCGGGCAUUCGACCGCAGCCGUGCCCGCUCAUAUGCCUAAACUGACAUACGCCCAGGCAGCACAAUCCUCUCCUGCUCAAGCGCUGCCUGUGGUGACCCAACAGCAGAUGGGCUACCCGACAGCACAGCAGCCGGCUGCACCGGCCCAGGUAGCACCGGCACACAUUAACCCCUUAAGCCAGGGAGGCAGCUUGCCACCUGACUUCCCUCAACCCAAGCAGAUCAUGAACGCUGUGCCACCUGGGUCAACACAGACACUUCCCCACCUGUCUGCUCCCAUCCCUCCGGUGGCGGGGAAUGAUCAGCUGAUGGCAGCUUCGCAGCAGCCCGUGGGGACUGUGCCACCCCCUGCUGCUCAGACCCUUCCGCAAGGUCUCCUGCAGCCACAACAGACACCCGCCCCGCAGAUGGUCCAGCUGGUGCAGCCCGCCGGGGCCGGUCUCAUACAGCAGACCCAGGGGCAGCAGCUCGCCCCUCAACCCUCCAUGGAGCAGCAGCAGUUGCAGCUCGGCAGUCAAGGCCGUGGCACCCAGUUCGUCCCGGUCGUGACCUCCUCAAACGUGCCUCCCAACCUCCAGAAUGAGUCCGGUUUGAUCCAGAACGGCUCGAAGGAGCCCGGGCCUGCGGUGAGCUCCCUGCCCUCAGUGAUGCCCACCCUGCAAGAGGACGCCCAGCUCCUGUUACAGCACCCGGCUCUGCUAACGCAACCCAAGCCCGCCGGUGGUCCUGACGGAAGUGCUGGAGUCAAUGCCUUAACUGCCUCGGCCAGCCUGCUGAAGAGCUUACCUGUGGAUGGAGAAGAGGAUGGCUCAUCGGGUGCCAGCGUUGUGGCCAUAGACAACAAAAUUGAACAAGCGAUGGAUCUGGUGAAGAGUCACUUGAUGUACGCUGUCCGUGAAGAGGUGGAGGUGUUGAAGGAACAGAUUAAGGAACUGAUCGAGAGAAACUCUCAGCUGGAGCAGGAGAACAACCUGCUGAAGAACCUGGCCAGCCCGGAGCAGCUGGCCCAGUUCCAGGCGCAGGUCCAGAGCGGCUCUCCGCCGUCGUCCACGGGAGCUCAGCCGCCCGCCCCUCCGGCCCAGCUCGCAGCACAGAACUCAGGCCCGUCGGCGUAGCACCCCGAAGCUCCCGUCGAGGGCGGCGAGCGGCUCGAGACGCAGAGGAAACGGACCGAACCAACACGCCUCGCUCGCGCGUCAGACUGACCAAAUUUGCACACCUUUCAAAACUUGACCGAUGCCGUACCGCGGCGACCCACACGCCGGUGACAAUCCAGUUGGCCGAGGCGGGACGUUGCCAAAAUCCACGGAAUGCGAUCGUCAGGAAGAAAGCAAUCCCGGAGGACGCGGUUUCUAAAGAAUCACUGUGCCUGUGUCUAAACUCACGAGGGGUUUCAGUCGAGUGUCUCCCUUCCCUUUGUAGUGUACAUGCUGACGGCGGUCUUUUGAGGCCGCGCGCUUCUCCUAAAGCAAGCACUUUUACGGUGACGAAUGUGAUGAGACUUUGAAGAGCUGCCGAUCUGUGCCCCAGCUGGCAUGGGGAAGGCAGACGCGUUGACUUCCAGAGUUGCAUUGGCGUAAUCAUUUUUUUUUUUUUGUGAAUGAAGAAAACGAAGAGGUGCGACGACGCUUCAAAUCCUCGUUCGUUCUCUGUGCGGUGAGAAUGGCAGAUGAGGUGCAAAAGGCUGUAUAUUAUUGUAUGAUUAGUGUAAGUAUUUUGUAAAAUAGCGAUAUCAUGUGAAGCGGUUAAAGAGACACUAUAUAGGUUGUACAGAUUUAAGGUAGUUGGCUUGCCCAAGAGACAUCGACCUUGUUUUUUUUUAAUGCCGUUAAGCGGGAUCGGUCUUACGAUAUUUAUCUGACGGAUGGAAACUACUCAUCUAACACCUACUGUACACUACUUUGUUCCCUUGAGCUGAUUUUGAAGUAUUACGCACCACGUGGUUUCUGUUUUUCAGUUUGGACAGUGAAGUAUUCUCGAUCAAUCUUUUAACUUAGUUACUCUUGACUAUCAUAUAGCUGACAUGGAUUUGCAUUGUGUACAACUUGUAUGCUUAUGUUCUGUGCAUGUUCUCAAAACCAGGAGAUAAGUUGUAAAAUACUGUAAUUGCACUUGCCAGUUGCACUUCACAACUCUCAAUAAAGUCAUGUUUGUGAA